CGGCUUUACUUGUCCGCAUCCCACUCUCCGCUUCAGAGCGAAGAGAGAUAGUGACUCUGUUCAGAUCUAGAGAGAGAAAGAAACCCAAACUCCCAUCUCAGAUCCCUAGAGAGAGAAAGCAAGCAAAAACAAUGGCCUUGUCAGUGGAGAAAACCACUUCUGGCCGUGAAUACAAGGUCAAGGACAUGUCCCAGGCCGACUUCGGCAGACUCGAGAUCGAGCUGGCCGAAGUGGAAAUGCCCGGUCUCAUGUCAUGCCGGACCGAAUUCGGCCCCUCCCAGCCCUUCAAAGGAGCCCGAAUCACCGGCUCCCUCCACAUGACAAUACAGACCGCGGUCCUCAUCGAAACCCUAACCGCCCUCGGCGCCGAGGUCCGCUGGUGCAGUUGCAACAUCUUCUCCACCCAAGACCACGCCGCCGCGGCCAUCGCCCGGGACAGCGCCGCGGUCUUCGCCUGGAAGGGCGAGACCCUCCAGGAAUACUGGUGGUGCACCGAGAGGGCACUCGAUUGGGGUCCCGGUGGUGGGCCCGACCUGAUUGUGGACGAUGGUGGUGAUGCGACUUUGUUGAUCCAUGAGGGUGUGAAGGCCGAGGAGGAGUUUGAGAAGAGCGGGAAGGUGCCCGAUCCGAGCUCGACCGACAAUGCCGAGUUUCAGAUUGUGCUGACCAUAAUUAAGGAUGGAUUGAAGAGUGAUCCGAAGAAGUAUCAUAAGAUGAAGGAGAGAUUGGUUGGGGUUUCGGAGGAGACGACUACUGGUGUGAAGAGGCUGUACCAGAUGCAAAUUAAUGGGACUCUGUUGUUCCCUGCUAUCAAUGUCAAUGACUCUGUCACCAAGAGCAAGUUUGAUAACUUGUAUGGAUGCCGCCACUCCCUCCCUGAUGGCUUGAUGAGAGCAACUGAUGUUAUGAUUGCCGGCAAGGUUGCAGUUGUCUGUGGUUAUGGAGAUGUCGGCAAGGGCUGUGCAGCUGCCUUGAAGCAAGCCGGGGCCCGAGUGAUUGUGACUGAGAUCGAUCCUAUCUGUGCUCUUCAGGCUCUUAUGGAGGGCAUCCAAGUUUUAACCCUUGAAGAUGUGGUUUCCGAAGCUGAUGUAUUUGUCACCACCACUGGUAACAAGGACAUUAUCAUGGUAGACGACAUGAGAAAGAUGAAGAACAACGCCAUCGUGUGCAACAUUGGCCACUUUGAUAAUGAAAUUGACAUGCUCGGAUUAGAGACUUUCCCCGGUGUGCAGCGAAUCACGAUUAAGCCCCAAACGGACAGGUGGGUCUUCCCUGAUACAAAGUCGGGCAUCAUUGUGUUGGCCGAGGGAAGACUUAUGAACUUGGGUUGUGCUACGGGGCACCCUAGCUUUGUGAUGUCAUGCUCUUUCACUAACCAAGUGAUUGCUCAGCUUGAGCUGUGGAAGGAGAAGAGUACCGGGAAGUAUGAGAAGAAGGUGUAUGUGCUGCCCAAGCACCUUGAUGAGAAGGUUGCUGCUCUCCACCUUGGGAAGCUUGGUGCUAGGCUUACUAAGCUCUCCAAGGAUCAAGCUGAUUACAUCAGUGUACCCAUUGAGGGUCCUUACAAGCCUGCCCACUACAGGUAUUGAGGAAUUUGACUGAUAUCAGAAAUUUUGAAUCGUCCGAUUGUUUCUUUCAAUAUUUUGAUUUGUGGUAGAUCAGCAGUUUUGAUUUUUGUGGGGGUUGAAGUGUUGAGGAAAGAAAUAGGUUGGUCUCUGUUGAAGAAGACCAAAUUGGGUUGAAUAAGGAUCAUGGGCUGUGUGGAGUGACUACUGUUGCAAUUAUAGUUGUAAUGCUUUUGCAAUUUUUUUUCUUUGUUAAAAAAAUGAAAAAGAGAAAAUAUUUGCCUUCUUUUAUUAAAAAUGUAUUUAAUUCUAUUGAUGGUGCUCUGCCACAAAAUGCAAAUGUCGGAUUAGAGUAGUGGUGAUGAUUAUGAUUGAUUAAUGUGAUUAAUUGAUAUUUGGUUUAA